AUGCCUGAGGACACCCAAGAAGCAGACACCUUGGCACUAACACCGAGCACGAGGAGCAGGGCGCCACUGGCCCCCAACCACAUACAGGAGGUGCGCCUGCACCAGGUGGAGUCCAUCAGCGACCUACACAGUGGAGGUUCGCUGCACCCCUACCUGACUGAGGAGGUGCAGCCAUGGGACGAGCUGCUGGGUAUCUUGCCACCGUCGCUGUGUGCCCAGGCUGGCUGCAGCCCUGUGCACAGCAGGGGAGGCUUCCUGCUGCUCGCAUUGCUGGUGUUCACCUGCCUGGCACUUGCCAUCCUGGCUGUCUACCUGAGCGUGCUGCAGAGUGAAUCCCUCCGCAUGCUGGCGCACACACUGCGCACACAGGAGGAGACGCUGCUCAGACUCCGGCUUGCCAGCCUCAGCCAGCUGCGGAGGCUCAACUCCAGUGAGGCCCAAGCACCCAGCUGA